UAGACGCAUUGGAAACGCCGGGUGCUGAGGAGAGAGGCGCGCGCUGAUAGUAACGCCACAGAUGCUCAGAUGAGGCGUGGAGGACGACACGAUUCACACAUUAAUCGGAUUACUACAGAAUUUACACGAUAAAAUGCGACUCUCGGCACGUUUUUAAGCCUAACUGCGUUUAUACGAUGGACAUUUAUGGAUGGAAACGCACCUGCUUUGAGGAGACGCGGUGAGAAUGAAGAUUCUGUUUGCCAGCAGGGGAUGUUAAGCUAAAAAGACUUUAAUGGGGAAAAUCAGAACAGUCCCAUUAAGAUGACACGCACAGAUCCACCUGACAUACUCGGAUCAGCUGUGUAUCAAGAUGUCAAAGUGAAUUCCUUCUCGACCCACUCCAAACCCCUUUAUCCCUCAAAACAAUGUGAUUCCCCAUCCAUCAGCAAACUGGAGGACACUCGAAAAAGCAAAAAGAGGCACUGCCGUAGCUUUGACGCUGAGUCUAUGGACAAACUCAGAUAUCAUACAAUAGCAAUGGAGUACCCAUACAGAAGGGCUGAAAGGUACGCCGCCAAUCCAGAGGUUGCCUGGAAUGCCUUAGGUCGCCAACAUGUGCACCGUUUCUCUUCUCCAGACCUGUUUAACUUCCGUCUCGCCUCCCAGCCACUGCCCACUGACAUGCCUGGUGACGUUGUCGUGACAGACCUCAAGAGGAGGACCAGAUCGAGAAGUGCUUCUCGAGUUCAGACCAGCCUUGCCCCGGUAUCGUUUGACGCUUCCCCUCCGGUGGCGAGGAGAGGCCGGGAAUCUCAAAGGGCACAUCGAAACGCUCAAGCAAGGACAGAGGUUUCCCCAAGAAGAGAGUCUUCCCACGCACUUAUGAGUGAAGUUCACCCCAUCAAACUGCAGCCGCAGAGAACCGAUACCAGCAGGUACUCCCCCGUGUACGUGCCUGAAGGAUUUGAUGAAGGAAUGCUAGAGAAACCCGCUACCAGUCCUCACGUUCGGUGUCGGGUGGACAUUAAACCAGAUGAAUCAGCCGUACAGCACCGUGAGCGAAAAGCAGCCACUCCCCAAAUGGACGUACCCUGGCAGAAAUGUCCUAGCGGUGGCAAUCGAAGUCUGACAGUACCUCGCCAUUUCUCCACUUCUAGGACUCCAACACCCACUGAAUCCUUCACGGGAGAUUACAGGCAGGCGUACCAGUAUUCUCAAAGUAUGCCAGAUAGUUACAUGCAGCCUAUGGAGAUCCCUUUACAAAAGAUGGUCUCGCCACGAGAGCCGAGGGAACGCUACGGCAGGGAACGAAGGGCUCAUUCAAGCCCCAACGUGCCAACUAAAUUCUUCUAUGCCGAGGAUCUGGCCAAGUAUGGAUCUUCAGCUCCAACAAGGACUUACUAUCAAGACGACCGAUACAGCAUUCCAAGCCAAGCCUACUCGCCCAAAGUUCAAUACGUACAAGAUCCAAGAACUCACGUGGUGCAUGCUGUAUCCGCAAGGCCAUAUUUCACAGACGCUGACCCUUACCAUUACCCUGCACAACAUGUAUACCCUAAAGCAUAUGCUGCAAGUGAAUCAGGGGCAUAUAUAAUACAGACACCCCCAGCCAGGACUUUCUAUGGGGAUGACCCAAGGACAUAUCCGAUUCAAACAGCCCCUCCCCGGAUCUUCUACAUGGGUGACCCCUACACACCAUCAAUAGAGCAUCAUUAUCCAGCGAGGACAUAUUAUACGGAGGGCAGACGACAUGCCCGUGUGGUUCCGCCACAGUCGGAUGACUGGUACGGUUCGGAGGUGUCUGGCUACUCUAGCCAUUACCCCUCCUCAUACGUAUCACAGGUCACUCCCACAAGAGUCAGACAAGAACCAAAGCUAGAAACGUGGUAUGCCAACCCGUGCAUGGAGCCAGAAAGAACUGUAACUGACCCAAAACCGUACUCAAGGUCCUGGGAUAACAUCCUAGACACACACGUCGAGAAGGAGCAGCCUGUGGCGCGAGGAAAGAGCGACGAGAACCUUCUUUGUCAGGGAAUACAAGCUUCAACGGAAAGACCAAAACCUGUGGUUGUGAAUCUCUCAAGCUCCCCAAGACGUUACGCUGCGUUGUCUUUAUCUGAAAACUCUUUGAUUGACAAAAGCCCGACGGAGGCUAAAAGUUCCUCAAGCAAGCUUUGGUUUGUCGCUCCUGAAAUCACCAUCACAGACAACGAUAUUAGACCCAGUAACCUUAACAUGUCAGAGACGCGCGCUGCGAGUUGGGAUGUGCUGGAUUCGAAAAGUGCCCCAAAUCAAGGUGAAGGGAAAUCCCACAUUGCGGAGUCGACCAAAGACAGGGCACAUGGCAGCACGUCCCUACAGCAAAGUUUAGAGCAGCUCGACGAGCUCCUGGCUGACCUUGUCAUAGAUUACAAACCUCCUGCGAGGAAGACCAGUGAAGACCUGCUCGAUCAGCUCAAGAAACUCAUCGAUGAAGAAGAGGCAGUAUCUUCAGCAAGAAAGGAUUCAAUGACGGGUUCUGAAGGUGGCAUUGACAAACAACCUACUUCCAUAAAAAUAGAUCCGGAUACCCUGCGAGACACCGAUGGGAGUUGCGAUGGGCUCAGAAGCACAGAGGAGUGCUCCCCUGACCAAAGCCCGGAUGAGGACGACACGAUGAUGUGCUCCAACAACAAAUGCCGUCGGACGGAGACAUUGUUUAAUGCCUGCCUCUACUUUAAAUCCUGUCACAGCUGCUAUACGUACUACUGCUCACGCAACUGUCGCCGCGAAGACUGGGACAUUCACAAAGAAAGCUGCCUCUAUGGGCGAAUCAGCAGCGUGUGCCGCCACGUCAUCAAGCACUGUAGAGAAACGGCAGAGGUCCACAAAGCUUUCUCCCGUAUAGCCAAAGUGGGAUACCUGUCACGGGGCAGGGGUGUUCUGUUUUUAGGACUUCCAAAUCCGGGGUCAUCAACGAAUUUCCUCCAGUUUGGACUGGAAAGUUUGCUCAUGUCUCCGACGUACUUGUCCAUCCGUGAGCUGGAGAGCUUUAAGGAUAACCUGGGGGAUUACUGCAAGGAGCUCCAAGAGGCGGGAAAGGAGUACGACCCUAAUGAAUGUUUUCUCUUGAAUGUAUCCAUCGCUGUUGGCGAUCAAGUGCCCGACGGACCGUCGCCAAGGGUUCAAACCCCAACCGUCAGGAAAUUUGCCAAGAUAGCUCUAGCCUCCUACAGCCCAGAAAAGAAAGUCCAGCGGAAGGAAAGCGACAUGGAAACGUUGAUCCUCACCCCACCGCCCGGUAUGGCUGACAUUGACAAGGACGGCGAGGAAGGAAGGAAGGCCAGGGAGAUCUGCUUCAUCAACAUUCAACGAGAGCUGAGGAUACGUGGGGUUUUUCUACGCCACGAGUAUCCGCAUGUCUACCAAAAGCUCUGUGAAUUCGUCGAGAACAACAGGAGGUUUACGCCCACCACGAUUUACCCUAUUGACAAAAGGACCGGCAAGCAGUUUAUGUGCAUGAUUAUGGCAGCGUCUGAGCCACGAACUUUGGACUGGGUAGCUAAUCCACAUCUCCUAGAUGACAUUAUUUAAACAAGUGCACCUUUUAUAUAUAGAGUAAAUGCAUAGAGCUCACGAUAGUACAUAUCUAUAUAUCAAGCUUCUUUGUUAUACAUGUUUGUAGAUCUGUAUUUUGGUAAUGAAAAAAAAUUGUAUUCAUGCCUGCAAGAUCAGUAUUAUUCACUGUUGGAAUAAUGCCCAUUAGAUGUCUACAUUUGCAUUUAUUCAUACAGUCACAAGUUUUUUUAAUUUUAUGGGUAAUUACUGCCCUCUUGUAUCUUGGUAGCAUUUCUUAUUUCUUAAUUUAUUGUUCGCAAAAAGAAAAACAAUCUUCUAUUUAUUUUGGCAAACGACAGAAUUAUGUACGUAUUUACGUCAGAGUUUCGAUAUUUUUUCCUAUGCAAAAAUGAGCAACAUUGUCCUCAAAAAUGUUGGAAGGUUUUAUUUGGCUCAAGAAUAUGGUACAAUAAUUUAUUUAUUUCUCUCUAAAAUCUAAAAUGUAUUCUUAUGUUAUGUUCAACACAGGCAUUAUAGUAUAGUAUAUUAUGAUCAAGUAUAUUAUAUUGUUAUAUUAAUAUAUUAUAUUGAAGUGGUUGCAGAUAUUUUGACACAAACUUAAGAACUCUAUGAUCUUAAGACUCGCAGUACACAAAGCGCCGUUGUUUAUUAUUCGGGGUUCUCAGUUGAACGGCUUUUAAAAAGAGCUGCGUAGAAUCAAGCAGCAAAGUUUCAACACGUGGAAAUUUGUGCUCCAACUUGGUAAUUCAGUUUAGGUUUCAACUAAAUGAAGUAAUUGGUGCUUUUCUGUGUGUGGUAGAAUUACUUGAGCAAUAAUGAACUUGAAGACGAACUUUGUUGAUAUACUGUAUGUACUGUUCCAUCAGAAACACUGUGAACUGAGAUACUUUUACACGUGUCAUGGUUUGAGCUCUCUUGUGAUCACUUAUUAGAUCUGGAAAUAUUUCACUAGCUGUUAUGAUUAUAAAUGAUUUGAGGCUUUUGUGUAGAAAACUGGAUUCAGAGUUUGAUGUGUGGUGUGAUGAUAUUAAGCCUGGAAAAGUUUAGUUUGUUGUUUAGUUUGUUUUUGCUGCUUUUGACCGAAAGUGAAUCUCAACAUGUGGUAAAUGUAGCACUUAUUCUUGAGCAGCGUUGGGUAAGUUACUCUGAAAAAGUAAUUAAUUACUAGUUACUAAUUACAUAUUCAAUAAUAUAAUUAGAUUACUGUACAAGUUACUCUCUUCAAAAAGUAUUUAAUUACUAAUUACUUUCUAUAUCCUAUCAACCUUGAUUACUUAAGUGAUUCAAGGAUAGACAUGAAACGGCUCUUUUAAUUCAUUUAAAUAAAUAAUAUAAAACUACAUAAAGUAUUAUUAUUAAUUACAAAUGUGAGAAUUAUACAUUAAAGCACGGAUUUUAAAGUUAGACUUUGAAUUUUGAUAUCAAUUCCUCUUCUGCACACACACAUAUAUUACACACAGUAUUUAGUUUAAUUACAUCAGAAGUAACUGUAAUUAAAUUACAGAAAAAAAUAAGAGUAAUCCCUUACUUUACUUUUUCAAGGGAAAAAUAAUUAAAUUACAGUAACUAAUUACUUAGUAACUAGUUACACCCAACACUGUUCUUGAGAUAUUAGACAAAACGUGUCAGACAGGUUUAAACGCCCUUUGUUUUGAAAACAGCUUUAUCAUUGAAGUUAAUGAUCCACUUGAAUGUCCUAUCAAAUAUGUAUCAUUUUUCUGUACAUUUUCUCUUUAUUUUGAUAUUUAGUAUUUGUUUUAAUACUGUUGUUUAUAUAUUUUCAUAUAAAUAUUGGUAUUAUCACUCACUACCCCUAAAACCAAUGCUUUGACCAUAAAUUAAAAAAUAUAUAUACAUAUGUGUAGAUUUUAAAACAAAUAUUACUACUGUCUUGAUGGGUGGAACUGUCAAAACUUUAAAAAAAAACAUUUAUAAAAAUGUAUGAAUUAAAAAAUCUGGCAGUUUAAAGCAAUUGUGCUUAUAAAACAGGAUUUGGUAACUCAUGACACAAAUUGUAAAGGAUUUGCGAUUUUUUCAUUUGUUUCUCUGUUUUAAAUUGCACAACAAGCAAUGGAUGCUGAUUUUACGCAUGUUUUCAUUCUAAAAGCUGAAUGCUGUCGUCUGAUUGAAAAAAGUAAACUUUAAAUUACCUUUUAAAAAUUCAGGCAUCAACUUGACAUUUUGUAGUCACUGGUUAGCUCUAAAUACAUUUUUAAAGAAUUUUUUUAAUAUUUAUUUUCCAAAUAAUUGGUACAAUUACAAAUGAUCACUUGGCAACAGUCUGGCUAAAAUUGACAACAUUUUAACUGAGCCAAAUGUAAGUUGAGAGAUAAAAUUUCAAAUUGUGGCCUGAAUUUUUUUACAGUGAUAAAUAAUUCAGUGGCGUGUGAAAAAAUGUUUUGCUUUUUCAGUUCUGUUUUGUCUCAGCGCUCAAGAAUGAGUCACGUUCAAACUCUUUGCUCCUGUUUCACAACAUCACUGCAUUUCUUUUCCCUUCAUUUCAGAUGACAUCUUGCCUGUCAAAUCUGCUUUACCGUUCUUUAUUGUCCUGAAUGAAUCCACACCAUAGGAGAACCCCGCACAUGUUUCUGGAUUUAAAGCACUGUCCUCUCCUCUAUAGCACAUGUCCCGGCAGACUGUAUACAGCGGUGAACCGAAAGAAAUGUCUGCAUGUGAUUCUAUUUUUUCUAUUUCGUCAUUAAUAUAACUAACCUGCCUGAGGAUUUGAUAUUUGGAAAAUAUACUGUAUAUGAGGGAAACAAAGUAUAUACUAAAAGAUAUGAAUAUAUAUAGUAGGAGUGAUAUUUUUCAAGAUCAUUGUGUCAACCACUGCUGUUAUGCUGAAAACAAACGAGACAAAGACACAGCAAAAAAAAACAAAGAAGCUUAAAUAAAAAUGUGU